GCUGUCCCUCAACGCCGCCCCCAAGGAGGGCAGGGGGGUGGAGGAGAGGCCGGCCUCCGCCCUGAGCUCCCUGAGCUACCGCAAGCGGCUCACCCUCAAGGACUCCAUCGGGGGCACGGGGGACGAGGAGUCCCUCUUCACCACGCUGAGUGAGAGGGCGGCCUCCCCUGAGCGGCCUCCCCGCAGGGCCCGCCGUGGCCCCGGGGCCGCGCCGUCCGGCCCAUGUCACAAGGCUGAAGAUGUCGACGAGGCCAGCUCGGUCCUCUCGGAGGUCCGGAGCCGGGUGAGCCGGGGGCUGGAGAAAAGGUGGGGCUCCGAUUUUGACGGGGCCUCCACGGUCUCGGCCCCGGUCAGCAGGGCCUCCUCGGCCACCAGGCACCAGGCCCGGGAGGACGAGGCGCGGUCCUCGUACAGCUUCUCGCUGUCGGGGUCCCCCAGCUCGCGCCGGAGCACGUCCAGGCUGGAGGGCCUCCCCGGGCCCCUGGGCCCUUCUCUGGGCCGCGUGUCCGGCUUUGGGAGGGAGAGCCCCGACUCCCGCCUGUCCCUGGGCCGGAGCUGCCUGGACGACUGGGAGGAGGAUGGGGCCAGCGUAGCCCUGAGCGACCUGCAUUCUCAGUACAGCCACCCCUCGCUGGCCCGCAGCCUCUCGGUGCCCCCCAGGCCCCGGAGCGCCGCCUCCGAGGAGCCCUCCGGCUCUGGCGUCCGGCCCGUCCGCCAUCACUCCUACCUGGACCCGGACCUGGAGGCCGCCAUCCAGGAGGUGCUGAGCUACAAGCCCGCCGAGUUCCGGCGCAGCAGUCUGAGGCCCGACUCGGAUGAGGAGGACCGCAAGAGCGUCCGCAGUGUCCGCAGCGCCCAGCUGGGGGCCGGCGCCGGAGAGCGGGCGGCCACCAUCCGCCGCUCGGCCUCGGCCGCCGACGUGUCUGGCUCUCGGGGCAGACACAGGAGCCGAGGCAAGAAGAGAAGCAGCAGCAGCAGCGGCGGCAGCAGCAGCUCCGGGUCUGAGCGGGCCUCCGGGAGGAAGCACCGCAGCCGGAAGAGCAAGAAGAAGUCCAAGAAGAGAAGGAAGAGGAAGGAGACGGAGUCCGAGUCCUCUGAGUCCUCCGAGUCCUCCAGCGGCUCCACCGUCUCGUGCCGCAGCCGCUCGAGCAUCAAGAAGGGCCCGCGAGGGACGGAGCCGGCCUCCGAAGGCGAGGGCGGUCCGAGGGCCGGCAGACUGGCCCGCAAAGAGGAGAAGAGACGCAAGAAGGAGGUGGACAGCCUCAUGAUGCGCUACCUGUACCGGCCCGAGAGCGACUAAUGCCCCCUUCCAGCUACCAGAAGUCCCUUGCCCUUGACCAAUCAGACGAUGAGCAUGCCCCCCUGGACCACACCACCCGAUCCCGAUACUCUCACAGCUACCUGAGCGACAGUGACACAGAGGCCAAGCUGGGGGACUCCAGUGCGUAGCCCGUGCAUGCGUGGCAUUCGGUCCGAUGUCCCUCUCCCGACGUGGCCUGCUGUGGUCAGAUACCUCUCCCAAAGGACGAUGGGGCACUCGUCUCCCUGCCCUCCAUACCAGCACCAUCAGUCAGCUUGGGAAAGACCCCCUUUCCAGGGGGGACUCUCUGGGAUGUGGGGGGCUCCUUCCCCCUGCCACGGCAAGAGGGCAAGAGGAGAAGAACGUCCAGAGAGAAAACUUAGAAUCCUUGCCUGCCUCCUUCAGAAUGAAGUCAGCAGCUUGGCUCAGCCAUUCCCCCUGGGCCGAGCGAAGCACCCUUCUCAGCCCUCUUCCGUGGGGAGCUAUGUUGGGACAGACUUCUCCACUGGGACAUUCUUCAGUUGCUUUGUCCCCUGGAGGGAGCAGCCCCGGAUCCUUCCCUCUGGGUGGGGAGGGCUUUCUCUUCUCAGUGCCUGCUGUCUUUUUUAUUUUGUAAUUUAAAUACCAGACCUUUCCCCUGUCAAGGCCAAGUCCCCAGAUAGGAGGAAGAAAGUGGCUCCCGGGAUGGAGGGGUGAGAUGGGGGGGGGAUCAUACCUCCAUCUUCACUCUUUAGUUGGGCCAAAGACAAAAGCCCUUGGCUCGUCCCACUGAAGAGGAGGGAGAACACUCUGGCUUUGGGAGCCAGGUUCUGAGAGAGUGAAUAGGAUGGGGCGCAGCGGGUUCUGUGUGCAGCCUGACCAUGCUAGGGCAGGACACUGGACACUAAGUGCAGUGACCUCAUCCCAGGGAAAUCCGAGUCAAGCCACUGCUUCCCUUACUCCUUAGGCCCAACAGACUGCCACAAGAACACAACCUCUGAAGAGGGGAGGCCUUACCUUGGGUGUUUAGGAUCAGAAACACUGAAGACUGGGUUUUUCUUAGGGUGCUGUGGAUGGGUGGGUAGGCGCUUUACUUCUUCAUCAAGCCCUGAUCCUACGUUCUGAGGCUUUUUGUGUGUGUGUCUCCUCUCUCUCUCUCUCUCUCUCUC